AUGUCAAAAGCUGUUGAAAUUAAAAACCUAACUUAUAAGUUUCCUGAACAUGAAACUCCAGCAUUAAAAAAUAUUGAACUUUCUAUACCUUGGAAUACAAGAACAUUAUUAAUUGGUUGCAAUGGUGCCGGUAAAUCUACUUUGUUGAGAUUAAUCAGUGGUAAACAUUUAUGUUUGAACGGGAAUAUUUUGGUUAAUGGACUUGAUCCAUUUUCACCUACAAGUAUGGAUGUGAGUGGCGAAGAAGAGUGCCAAAAUACUACUUAUUUGGGUACUGAAUGGUGUCAUAUGAACAUCAUCAAUAGAGAUAUUGGAAUUCUUGAAUUACUCAAUAGUAUUGGUUAUCAACAUUUCAAAGAGCGUGGUGAUAAACUAAUCGAUAUGCUAAGUGUAGAUUUAACAUGGAGAAUGCAUCGUUUAAGUGAUGGUCAAAAGAGAAGAGUACAAUUGAUCAUGGGGCUAUUGAAACCAUGGAGAGUAUUGCUGCUAGAUGAAGUUACUGUGGAUCUCGAUGUCAUUGCAAGAAGCAAGUUGCUAGAUUUCUUAAAAUGGGAAACUGAGACACGUAAAUGCUCCGUUAUCUACGCGACACAUAUUUUUGAUGGUCUUGCAGAAUGGCCAAACUAUGUUAUACAUAUCAAUGGCGGUGAAAUCGUACAACGCUUGGAUUAUGCCAAGGAUGUCAGUUUCAGUUCCGAUGACAACAAGAAAACCAAGAAAGCUGUUACCACAGGUAACACCCCUGGUAGUGUGAGCAUCUGCAAAGUCGACUCACUGCACCCACUAGCCCUAGCUUGGCUUCGUGGUGACAUCGGAGAGGCUACGGACUAA